AUGGCGGCUUUUCCCCGCCGGCGCUUCCUGGGCGGCUUCGUCUGCGGCGCGGCGGUGGGGGCUGCUGCUUCGUGCUGGGCCGCGUGGCGGCUCCUCCGCAGCCAGAGCCGUUUGGAGCCGGCUCCGCCGCAGGAGCCCGUCGAGGUGCCCGUGCUGGAGCGGUUCGGGUUCCCCGAGGCUGGGAUGGAGACCAGGUGCUACAGCAACCACGCGCUGUCCUACGACCAAGCGAAGCGGGUGCCGCGGUGGGUGAUCGAGCACAUUUCCAAGCAGAAGAUGCUAGGUAAUGCAGACCGAAGGCACUGUAAAUUCAGACCAGAUCCUAACAUCCCUCUAAUGUUUAGUGCUGUCAAUGAAGACUACGUUGGGAGCGGCUGGUCACGAGGACACAUGGCACCAGCAGGCGAUAACAAAUUUUCAACAAAAGCCAUGGCUGAAACAUUUUAUCUUUCUAACAUUGUACCUCAGAAUUAUGAAAAUAAUGCUGGAUUUUGGAACAGAAUGGAAAUGUAUUGUCGGGAAUUGACUGAGAGAUUUGAGGAUGUUUGGGUUGUUUCUGGACCUCUGACCUUGCCUGAAACAGGUGGUGAUGGAAAGAAGAGAGUUACUUAUCAGGUAAUUGGAAAGGAUGAUGUAGCUGUGCCAUCCCACCUCUACAAGGUGAUCCUUGCCAGGCGGAGCAGAACAACCACAGAGCCCUUGGUACUGGGGGCUUUUGUGGUGCCUAAUGAUCCCAUAGGCUUCAGUCACCAGCUGACUGAGUUCCAAGUAAAUAUUGAAGACCUGGAAAAAAUGUCCGGUUUGAUUUUCUUCCCCCAGGUGGACAAAAACAAAGAUGUUAAAAAUAUCUGUGAUGUGGACACCUGUAAACUGAUGGGUUUCAAGGAAUUUACAUUGUAUAUCACUACUCGAAAAGUGCAAAGUGCUCAUACGUUGCACCGGUUGGAGAAAGUCAUGUCAGAAUUAAAGGAAGCGGGAAUUGAACCUGACGAAUAUCUUCUAAAGCUUCACAAGAAGAAGGAGGAAGAACUGAUGCAGGAAAAACAAAUAAAAGCUAGAGAAGGGAAAGCUGGCUGAGUGCUUGUUCAGAAAUAUGUUUGGGUUUUGUACUUUUUAGAGGGAGGCUGUAGGCAAGCAAAAAAUAGGGCUUUCUGAAGUACGUAUUUUGAAUUGUGAAGGAAUAAAGAAAUACUUGGAAGUUGA